AAUAUUUUGUCAAUUGUUGGACUUACUUGUUGGCGAGACAGCGCCAUGGGCUAUUGGACGGACUUGCGUGUCUGGCUGCUGCGUGAUCCGGCCAAGUUAAUACGCUACUUGGUGCUGUUCGUUUGCUGCGUUAUAGUCAUAGUGCAGUUGUAUGAAUGCUUCUCCAAGCUGCACGAUCCGCCUAUCUCGACGCACUCCUACUACAAUGUGAAUCAGACAAUUGAAAUGCCAGCUAUAACCAUAUGUCGGGAGCCGCCCUACAGAGAGGAUGUGCUAUCACAAUUGUCCAAAGGAGAAUGUCCACAUCCCAAAUAUGCCACCUGCUGGCUGGAUUAUCCUUUUGGAAGAAUUCCGCUCGAUGAAUUCUUCAUGAACGGCACCUACGAGCAGAAUGAAACCUUCUACAGUUUUGGUUUAGGUGGUGCUGAAGAGAAUGUUUACAUUGACAGCAGUCUGCAUUUCUAUAUGGGACGCUGUUAUACGCUGCGUCCGCGCAUUGCUAUGAAGCGUGUUUCCAAGCCUGUAGGCUAUUCGCUCAUGCUGGAGCAUAACGUUGGUCAAACUGCCACCAGCGAUGUGGACUUCGUUUCUGGCGCCGGCUGGCAUGUGUUCAUACACGAUAAGCGUGAGAAUUUUACAGAGAUCAAUAUGAAGGGUUCGGGACGUGUCGAAUAUGUCUUUGUAGCCAUUAAUGAAGAAAUUGAAAUCAAGCUGCAAAGUCAAUACUUCAACAAUGUGGAAUCACGCAAGGAUAGCUGCUCCAAUCAGGAAGGUUACAGUGAUCUAAAGUGCGGUGAAAUCUGCAUUUGGCAGGACUUGGCUGAGAAGACCAAUUGCUCGGGUCCCUGGAUGCCAGAUGUGCAGCAUCAGCCCUGCAAUGACACCGACUCCAUACGUGAUCUCAUUGCAAGCUACAAAGCCGUUUAUGAAAGUGAUGAUGAUUUCGAUUGCGAUUGUUUGGAGCCCUGUGAGUCGCGCAUUUAUACGACGUAUGUACAGAGCCGUAAAGAGUUUAGACAGCCGGAACCACGCACGCUUAUCUUUAUUUAUUAUACCACAAAGCUUAUAUCGAUGCUGGAGGAACGUCCUAGCUAUGAUGCUACGCAGUUCAUAUCAGAAGUAGGUGGCUCACUGGGGUUUCUGCUUGGUCUAUCCGUGCUGGGUCUUAUAGGCAUUUUGGAACAUGUAAGCAACUUGCUUAUAUACUUAUAUAUUAUAUACUUAUAUACUCUACUUAGCUGCACGUUAUUCUUUUUAGCGGUGGUUGCAUAAAAGUCUGCAGCUGAAGCAUGAAAAGAAGAAACUUGCUGCUGCUAAUGCAGAAGAUGACGCAUCG